GACACCAAAUCUUUGUUUCAGAAACGACUACAAGAUCUGUGGAUGGGAAUCUUCGUAGUAUUUCAUCUCAAUUGGUCAUGUCUGUGAAGGAGAUUAAAGAAGAGGGGGACAUUUAUGAUUUUCUUCCAGAGCAGAACAGAACCUCAGAAGAUAAUGCUACACCGUCCUGUAAGGAGGGAGUGUGUUUGACACAUGAAAUUAAGGGGGAAGAAGACCCGGGCAUGUCUUUGAAGGUGAUUCCGAAGGAAGAAUUUGAUUCUUUCCAAGAGGAGUUUGAAGAGUCACGUGGGAAACAAGAACAAGACUUGUAUGAAGUACAACAUGCAAAUGGAGAUGAUACAUCUACUGCGGGUGAAUGCCAGACAACGCAUGAUGGUGAAAAUCCAUAUCAGCACACAGUUUGUGGAAAAACCUCUACGAAACCAAACCAUCCAGUAACGCACCCUAGAUCCAGCAAGGCAAAGAGGCCAUGGCAGUGCACGCUUUGUGGAAAGGACUUUGUGAACAAAUAUGUUCUAAAAAGGCAUCAGAUGAUCCAUACCGGGGAAAAGCCUUACCAGUGUUCCAUAUGUGGGAAGGAAUUUAGAGGGCAAAACAGUCUUCAAUACCAUCAGCUAAUCCACACUGGAGAAAAACCAUUCCAAUGUACUACAUGUGAGAAAAGCUUUCCAAGUAAAGGUAAUCUUGCAAAACAUCAGAAAACACACAUUGGAGAAAAACCCUUUUUGUGUUCUACAUGUGGAAAGGACUUCAAAAGUAAACGUGGUCUUGUGUACCACAAGAGAACCCAUCAUGGGGAAAUCCCUUAUCAGUGUACUACACGUGGAGAGGACUUCAGAAGUCAAAAAGAUCUUGAUCAUCAGGGAAGCCAUGAUGGGGAAACACCUUAUAUUUGUUCUACAUGUGGAAAAGCCUAUACAUGUCAAAGUGGUCUUGUAUACCACCAGAGAACCCAUACUGGGCAAAAACCUUAUAAGUGUCCUACAUGUGGAAAGGACUUCAUUGACAAAAGUAAUCUUGUAAAGCAUCAGAGAACCCACACUGGCGAAAAACCUUACCAGUGUACUACAUGUGGAAAGGCCUAUACAAGUCGGUGUAAUCUUGUAGACCACCAGAGAACCCAUACUAGUGAAAAACGUUACCAGUGUACUACAUGUGGAAAGCAGUUUGGAAUUAAGCAUUGUCUUGUAUACCACCAGAGAAUCCAUACGGGGGAAAAACCUUACAAGUGUUCCACAUGCGGAAAAGGCUUUACUCAAAAAGGUCACCUUGUACAGCACAAAAGAACUCAUACUGGAGAAAGAUAUAUGUGUCCUACAUGUGGAAAGGGCUUUAUUAGUAAAGGUAAUCUUGUGAGACAUCAGAGAAUCCAUGCUGGGAAAAAACCUUAACAGUGUGCUACAUGUGGAAAGAACUUUGCAAUUCAGCAUUGCCUUGUACCACAUCAGAGAAUUCAUACGGGGGAAAAACCUUACAAAUGCAUUACAAGUGGAAAGGGCUUUACAUGUCGCAGUAACCUUCUAAAACAUCAGAGAAUUCAUACUAUGUAAACAUGUUCAAGCUAGGUUUUGUUCAAUAGUUGAUUUAUUUGCAUUGCCACUAUGCCAAUUUAAAACGUUCAAAUAUUUACUGUAGAUAUUAUUUGAGUUUUACCAUUAUCUUCCAUCUGGCAUAAAAGGCAUAAAAUAUGCUUAUUCUCAGAAAUGGUACAGUAUUGCUUUAAUUUUAUAACCAUGAUUAUCCUUAUAUUGCAUGUCUAACAGAAUUUCACUGACUCCUUGAGAUGUGACAAAACUGGAAAGCCUGUUCAGGUGUUGCGUGUAAAUGAAAAAUUAGUUUGGUUGGGCUGAAACAAUUAAACACAGCAGUUAUUUCCAAACAACAUAUUUAUGAAUGUGAAAGUACACAUAUCUGGAAUGUUUUGCUUAGUGAUUUCAUUUUACAUGCAUAUAUUUCAUAUAUUUUAGUUUUUCAUCUUUUUACUGGAUUAUGUCAUUCAUAUUAUAUGUUUUAAUGUUGUAUUUCUGAAAAUGUUUGACUAGAUUUGUACAACUUAAUAAAAAAAGUUGUUGGGGCUG